AUGUUUGCAAUGGCGGUCUGGUGGGGAUGGAAAUGGCGAUGUGGGAACAUUUUUGGAGAGAAUAGGAAAUGCCGGGACCGUAUGCGUUUCCUCAAGGAGAUAGCGAAGGAUGUGUUUAGCGUGACAGAAGCCUGCGCGGCUGCAGCAGGUGGUGUGUUACGAAAUCAUCUUGGAGAUUGGUGUGGGGGCUUUGCUCUCCAUAUUGGGCGAUGCACAGCGCCUCUAGCGGAGCUUUGGGGAGUUUACUAUGGGCUAUGCAUUGCUUGGGAUAGGCGAAUACCGAAACUAGAAGUUGAGGUUGAUUCUGAAUUGGUAGUGGAGUUUCUCACGACAGGGAUUGGCGUCUGUCUUUCCUGGUACAGUUGUGCCAUGGCUUUAUUAAAAGGGAUUGGGAGGUCCGAAUAUCGCAUGUGUAUAGAGAGGCUAAUCGUCUAG